GCGCGGGUGCGCGCGAAAGCGCGUGUGGUAUAAUUACAUUUCAGAGUCUACGAACAACCAUGCGUGGCAUUGGAGUGGACACGAUCGGCUGGAAUAUUUUUUCCUUGCCAACACCUGGGGCGUGUCUGCCCAGUGGCUGCGGCAAUUCACGCAACGCUUAGCCUUCCAGCACUCGUCUUUUGACAGCGAGGCCAAGGCGUGCGGGGAGGCAGCUCGUCGAGCAGGGCUCGCAGAGGUGGUCCCGUUCAGAGCAGAUUUGAAGUUGCAGAGGGCCUGGAUCGCGCGGCGCGUCAUGGCCCGUAUGUUCGAGCACGGGAACGGCCAGGGGGAGCUGAAUUUGUUGAAGACGUCGCCGGACUUGGUAAAAACCAUUUGGUCAUGGUACCCAGAGCACAUGCUCGGCCGACGAGUGCAGGGGCUUACGGACAGCGGGCGCUCCAUCAACACGAUCGUCAUAGAUGGGAAUGCGAAACUGGCCCGCCGGAUCUGCGGGCGAGCUGUUGCCGAACUGAUGUAUUCCCCCUCCUUGGAGAGGUACACUGCCACGCAGUGCUCUUGCAAACCGGGAUUCAAGCUGAAGCGUUGCAGCAAGCACUUGGCUCGCGCCCUGACUGAGGAUGACGGCCCGCCGCAAAGUGAAAUCAUUGUUUCGCACAAGCGCCGGCGCGUGCUGGAAACGGCCCCCAGGGCUGAACCGCACGACGUGUGCCUCGUGGCGCGGGGCCAGAAAGAUAUCCCAGGAGCGCCGAGGCGCUUGGCCGCCGCGCGCCAGGUCACCCAGGGCCAACUGCAAGAGUACUGGGGCCAUGCUGGACACCAGGCGUACAUCCCGGCGAUGUCACCCGACGCGGAUUUGCAGUCCGUGUCGCGCAGGACCCACAAAGAGGCGCAACUGGGCAGGGCCAGCCGCGGUUCGACCCCGAGCCAGUUCAGCAGAAAAUGCGGAUGGCUUUACGCCUGCACUCCAGAAGGCUACAUCGUGCAUCUGAAGGAGUACGUGGGCGCAGAGAGUCUGCCGCAGCGCUACUUCUUCUUGGCGGAGUUCGUGGAGAAGGCCCCAGCAGUCGACGUUGUCCGCCACGACGAUGCUUGCCAUUUGCGGCGGUGCGCUUCGAAGCGCGAGGGCGACGGCGCCUUCGCGCGCAGGCUCGCGUACCCCAACGUCAAGUACAUCACCGACGGACUGCGCGACAGAAACCACGUGGACCCCUGGUGCCUAGCAAAUUGUUCACCUAAGGCAGACUGCAACAAGGAGCUCGUGAAGAACAUCAAUAGCCAGAUCUGCGAGCAGCUGUUCUCGUCUCUGGGGCGCCACAAAUAUUCUGUGCGCCGCAUGGGGCAGUUUACCUCGGCCUUCUUGCUAACGGAACUGGCCGAAGUGAAAAAUGAGGCCUGGCUGGCCGAGCAGGCGCGCGCGGCCCGCGCGGCCGCGAGUGCGGGGCAGCCGCGGAGCGAGUGCGCGGUCGGGGCAGCCGAGGGGAAUGACAAUUGCCCGAGCAGAACCCGCGCGAGCGCACUCCUAGGGGCCCACCACCUGGUCCUCGCAGACAGUUGGCUCGAGUGGGAACCCGACUUGGCCCCGAAGCGCGGCGGGGGGGCGAUGCAGCAGUUCCGAGAUGAGAUGCGCGCCGUGUGGGGCAUCGUCGACAAGGAGUACGACUCCAGGGUCGCCUUGGGCCACAAGGCAUCGCAAGCGAUUCUCACUCUAGCCACCCGGGCGUCACAUCACGAGUUCCCGUUCGGAAUGGGAAUCCUCGCCCACCUGUGUGCUUGCACCAACGGUGCACUGACCAACAUAUUCCCUGGUGACCCAAGCCCGGUAGUCUUGCCGGUCGUCAACAUCAAUUGCCCGCAGACUCGGAAGAGCUCCACGCACCGGGCGGGCCUCGUCGUGGGGCGCGCAAUUGACGACCACGUGCUGGCGACUGCGAGCGCCUUGGCCACGGGGGCAGGCGACAAUGUCGGGGCGUGCGGGAGGGCGGGGUUUGCCCCUUUGGUGAAAGUGGAAUCGUCCAUGCUCACGAGUUUCACGGAGGCGGCGUUCUUCUUGCGAUGCGCCGGGGACUGGGACCAAGUGGCCCCGAGCGAGUCGCAUUGUCGGGGCGCGUGUACUACGGGACAUUACCUAGACGAGGCGUACCGCUUCCUCAAGAUGGUCGGCCUCAUCCCCGCGCAGAACACAAAGGGCGGGCAGCGUGCGAAUGGCGGCGACGCCGGGGGCAUGCCGGCCGACGCGGCAUCGGAGUUCAAUAAGUUGAUGCAAACAGGCCACACGGUAAUGACUACAAAGACAGCGGGUGCGUUCGGUCAAGGAAGCGCCCCAACGGUCUCGAUUGGCAUCAGUGGCAAUGGGCACCCUUCCGUCGUUGUGCCGAUGCUGCGAGGCUCCCUCGGCACUGACGCAGUGGCCACGUCGCGCCGCUUGCUGUUCGCGUCGGGUCGCCCUGUGGAGCCUCACUCGCCGCCCCCCGUGCAGCUCGAGGUCCCGCAGGGGUUCAAACGUUGGCAGUGGCCGAAGCUAUUGGAAUGCAUGGUAUCUCCGCUGGGCCUGCCGAGCGAGGCGACCAACCACGUGCUUGCUCGGGGCGCGUUCCGCCCGGCGCCCGCGCACGAGACCCAGGCGACCCAGGGGGAGUCUGACGCAGAGGAAGACCACGUCACGUUCGAGCCAGGCCCCCGUGGAUACUCCUUGCGUCUCGUGGACGGCACGAUCACGAGGCUCCGCUUCAGGAACCGCGGCGGCGUGUUCGAGCCGGAGCUGCGCGCGACGAACCGCGACAUCCCCGUGACGCAGGGCUUGGACGUGAAGAGCAUGGCCAACCGCGUGCUCGAACACUUCAAGGUGAGCCACACGGUAGUGCCUUGGUCAGAGGAGGCCCGGUUGACCUUCAAGGGCUCCCAGAUGGUGUUCGACGCGCAGUGCGCGCUCAUGCGGGAUCAGGGCAAUGAGACUCGCGCGGCCUUGUUGGGAUCCAGCCCUUGGAUGCUCGGCAUGAUCUCGGUGGCGCUGCUCAUUCUGGAGAUCGCGGUUGGCGAGGCGCCGAUGGUCCGAGUCGGCGCGGUCGGCGACGAGUAG